AUGUACACCUUGGACACCGUGAAGGAAGGGAACGCGUGGGGAGUGCUGUACUUCAAUGAGAACUAUACGGACUCGCUGGUGGCCAGACUUGCUCUAGCCCUGGACGCCGUGAAGGAAGGGGACGCGUGGGGAGUGCUGUACUUCAAUGAGAACUAUACGGACUCGCUUGUGGCCAGACUUGCUCUAGAUCUACUACUCCUUAGUAGGCGGAUCUACUACCCUACCAAAGACGCAGCCUUGGACGCCGUGAAGGAAGGGGACGCGUGGGGAGUGCUGUACUUCAAUGAGAACUAUACGGACUCGCUCGUGGCCAGACUUGCUCUAGCCGACACCGCCGACAACGAGACGAUAUCGUCGUCGGAGAUCCAGGUGUGGCUCGACAUGUCCAACCAGCAGAUCGGGCUCAUGCUCAACCGGGACAUACAGUUCUCCUACCGGGACUUUGCUAAGGGCUUGCUCGAGACGUGCAACUACAACCCCAAGCUGGGAGACAUUCCCAUCGACUUCAUGGACCCCAUCUACGGGAAUAAGGACCCCUCAUUCACUGACUUCGUCGCCCCUGGUGUUAUUCUGACAAUCGUGUUCUUCUUAGCCGUGGCUCUCACCUCAUCAGCGCUCAUCGUGGAACGUAUGGAAGGUUUACUCGACCGCUCGUGGGUAGCGGGCGUGUCUCCCGGCGAGAUAUUGUUCUCGCACGUGGUGACGCAAUUCGUGGUGAUGUGCGGACAGACGGCCCUCGUGCUCAUCUUCAUGAUCCUGGUGUUCGAAGUGGAGAAUAACGGGAAUAUCUUCUAUGUUAUCAUGUUGACUAUUUUGCAAGGUCUCUGCGGAAUGUGCUUCGGCUUCGUAAUCUCCGCCGCCUGCGAAUUGGAACGGAACGCGAUCCAACUGGCCCUGGGGUCGUUCUACCCUACACUUCUCCUCAGCGGGGUCAUCUGGCCCAUAGAAGGCAUGCCUUUCGUCCUCCGCUACGUGUCUCUGUGCCUACCUCUAACGCUAGCAACCACGUCUCUUCGUUCCAUACUAACGCGUGGCUGGCCUCUCUCAGACCCCGAUGUCUACAUGGGAUUCGUCGCAACCCUCGUCUGGAUAGCUCUAUUCUUGACGAUAACGCUCACCAUUUUGAAGGUUAAGAAGAAUUAGGUGUUAGGUGGCCAAACGACUUAGGUCUAUGUCUCAGUGUUUCCAUAUGAAAAAUUACCGUUUUAAAAAUGGCCAAAUGACUUUCGUCCAUGUUUUAUGUGAAAAUUACACACCGUUUAAAAAUGGCCAAAUGACUUUCAUCCAUGUUUUACGUGAAAAUUGCACAUCAUUUUGUAAGAAUUAAGGUGGCCAAAUUACAUAAGUCCAAUGUCUUAGUGUUUCCAUAUGUGAAAAUUAUAUUUGUAAAAAGAACUAAGGUCGGGUGUUUUAUGCUGGCCAAAUGACUUAUGUCCAAUGUCUUGCAAUGUUUCCAUAAGUAAAAAUAUUGACUUGUAUAUUAUAGAGCGCAUAUUUCCUUGUCUAUGCUUUAAUAAAUCAGAUUGUUAAUGCCAAGUUUGUAUAAGUGUAAGUGAAAGAUCAAUACCAAAUUGAUUUAUACGCUUCAUAAUAUGCAAAUUCGAAAUGAUAUUCUAGAUUUGAUAUGAUAUAAGACACUUGCCCAUCUGUGUAAGAGGAAAUUAAGCGCCCACCACCUAUUGUGCUGUGUUGCCAGCAAUGCAAUAUCUAAAAUACCCUUCUUUUAAUAUUUUUUGGUAAUUUCAUAAAUACACCUGGCAACACUGAUCUAAGUCUGUCUAAGCAUAUCAGCCUUUGCUCAAACCGCUAUGAACAAAUAGAUUAAAUAUUACUUAUAGCUAAAUGACUGUUAGUCGAGUGUAAAUAGUAGUUUUUGUAUUUAUGAUAAGUAAUUAGGAGUACAUGCGUACUUAUUAAGGUGGAUAUUCGGGAAUGUUAGCAAAUAAUGAUUGGUCCAACGCUUCUGGGUAUUUACAUCCUUAGUCUUCUGGUAAAGGCAUUAAGAAUUUAAGAUACAACAGAUACCUGUUAACUGAGUUACCAUAGAAUAAGAUGGUGCCAUAAAUAAUGGUGAUUAAACCUUUCUUGCAGAGAAUGGAAAUGUGAGGUAAUUAUAAAAGAAUACGCUCAAUGCAAUCUACGUCAUAACUUUUGACACUAAAACCAUUGCCUACAAUACGUGUUCGAAUUCCAAGCAACGCUAAAAAUAA